AUGGCACAUAAGUGUGAAGCUGAACGUUUUUCUCAUCCAUGGUCUCCAUUUGUUUAUCACAUACAAAACUACUGCGCUGUAGUUGGACCGUUACGCUCAGCUCCAAGUGCUUUAAGUCAUGACUUAGUGUUGUAUAAUUCUGGUCGUAAUUGGUCUGGUAACUCAAAGGCUAGAGACCAUCCUCUACUGCGGCUUGACCGCCCUAUGUUUGUAAGUUUAGCUGAAAUUGUCCGAGGCGCUGUGGCUUGUUUGCCCAAUGGAGAAGGUACUCGUGCAGAUAUCACCACCCUUGUACAGAAUAGCGGUUUUUUAUUGCCGAAUGUCAAUCCACGCCAGUUACAACAAUGUGUCAGUUCUGCGUUGGAUCGAUUACAAGGUGAAACUUCUGAUCCGUCGGUCUACUUUAAUAACAAUCGUCGUAUGUGGAUUUAUCGUCACAGACAUAGGACUGUUGAAAAGUUUGCUGAACUACACGAGGCAAGAUGUGCUGUUAAUGAAACCAAGAAAAUUAUUCAACGUGGUGGUAGUACAUCUGUUCUGAAUAUUAACCAAACAGUUAAACCUACUAAUAAAUUAAUUCCUGACAAGUAUCCAGAAUAUUCUAGCAAACAAAAUAAUUUACGACAUAAUUCUUCAAAAUAUUCUGGACGUUAUCAUCACAGUGGCAGACAUAUUCAAUCGGGUUAUAUCAGUCGAGAUUAUGGGUAUAUGGAAUUAAACAGAAACUAUUCAUUUAUUGAUGAUGAUCAUAUACCUGAUAUUGAAGAAUUAGAGGCAGCUGAUGAAGUCAAUAUGAUGGAAUAUAAUUGUACAUCUGCUAAUUAUUCAGUGAAUUCUAAUAAUGUCAAAGGUCAUAUUGGUACAGUGGUUGAUAACACUGAGUAUGAUGAUGAUAAUGAAGUGGAUUAUGAAAAUGAAAUUCUAAGUGCUUGGGAUGAUGAUAAUUCUACCGAUCGAAUAAUCAAUCCUCCUACUGGUCAACAACGAGGCAAUCAACAAUUCAACAAAAUGCCUAGAUACUUGGAUCCAUUUCAGUCAAGAAGUCCAACAUCAUUUAUAUUGCCAUCAAAUAAUUAUUCUCAGUCAACCAGUAAUUACAAACAAUCACGAUUAAAUGAUUCUAAUUAUUCAUCGAAUUCGAAACGGAUUCAUAAAAACUACACAACUGCUACUGCAGAUGAUGAUGAUGACGUUGAAAUUGGAAACUAUAUUAUUGACAGUGAAGAGAUAAACGAGGAAUAUUUCUAA